UUUUAUCGCUUUCUGUGGAUCUCCAUCCAUCCAUCAUCCUCCAUCAUUCUCAAAAGCUUUCAAUUUUGCUGGACACGGACCUCAAUUCCCGUGAUAACUUGUAAUUUGAAAUCCUUGGGAAAAAAGGGAUCGAAAAAAAUUUAAAAAAAAAAAAAAAAGAUAGAGAGAGAAAAAUAAAAUGAAGCAAAGCAAAACCAAGACAACGUAGAGAGAUCUUCAAAUCCCCGGUUUAAUCCAUUAUCCGAAUAACGAUGCUCUGACCCGGAAUUAGAAGAAUUAAAAUCCCUCCGAUUCCCCAUCUGUUCGGGGAGCUUUCUAAAUGGGUGUUUGCAGCUCAAAACCCUCAACAAAGCCCACCUCUACUUCUCCCUUAUCCGAUCUCCAACUUAACCACCACAAGGCUAACUCUACUCCGACUGAGGCUAACUCUGUCCCUGCUGAGGAUGUCACUUCCACUGCCCAAACUGCGAUUUCCGUAAAUGGUACUGGUAAUGAGGCGGCGGAGAACGGUAAGAAAUCGCCCUUCUUCUUUUUCCAAAGUCCCAGUCCGGCUCACUACCUGUUCUCCAAGAAGUCUCCGGCGAGAUCUCCGGCGAAUUUCAACUCCAACUCCACGCCCAAACGGUUCUUCAAGAGGCCUUUCCCGCCUCCUUCUCCGGCGAAACAUAUAAGGGCGGUGCUCGCCAGGAGACAUGGGUCGGUCAAACCCAACGAGGCCGCGAUACCCGAAGGGAGCGUGGAUGAGGAAGUCACGGGGCUUGAUAAGAGCUUCGGGUUCUCGAAGCAUUUUGCUAACAAGUAUGAGCUCGGUGAGGAGGUUGGAAGAGGGCAUUUUGGGUAUACCUGUGCGGCGAAGAUUAAGAAGGGUGAGCUCAAAGGCCAACAGGUUGCUGUGAAAGUCAUUCCCAAAGCAAAGAUGACCACUGCAAUUGCCAUCGAGGACGUUAGAAGGGAAGUAAAGAUAUUGAGAGCCCUGAACGGACAUAGCAAUCUAAUUCAAUUUUAUGAUGCAUAUGAAGACCGUGAGAAUGUCUACGUAGUCAUGGAGUUAUGUGAAGGGGGGGAACUCUUAGACAGGAUACUGUCAAGGGGUGGGAAAUAUACAGAGGAUGAUGCGAAAGCAGUUAUGAUACAGAUAUUAAAUGUCGUUUCAUUUUGCCACCUUCAGGGUGUGGUGCAUCGUGAUCUUAAACCUGAGAAUUUCCUUUUUACGUCAAAGGAGGAGACUUCACAAUUGAAGGCCAUAGACUUUGGCUUGUCAGAUUUUGUCAGGCCAGAUGAGAGACUGAAUGACAUUGUUGGUAGUGCAUACUAUGUUGCUCCUGAAGUUCUACAUAGGUCUUACAGCACAGAGGCUGAUGUUUGGAGUGUAGGCGUGAUUGCAUAUAUCCUCUUGUGUGGCAGUCGCCCAUUUUGGGCUCGAACCGAAUCUGGGAUAUUUCGGACUGUUCUAAAAGCUGAUCCAAGUUUUGAUGAACCACCCUGGCCCUCACUCUCUCCUGAAGCAAAAGACUUUGUCAAGCGCCUAUUGUACAAGGAUCCACGGAAGAGAAUGACUGCAGCUCAGGCACUAAGUCAUCCCUGGCUUAGAGAUUGCAAAGAUGUUAAAGUUCCUCUGGAUAUACUAAUAUUUAAACUCAUGAAAGUUUAUAUGCGCUCAUCAUCUCUCCGCAAAGCUGCUUUAAGGGCCCUGUCUAAAACAUUGACUGUAAAUGAGCUCCAUUAUAUGAAAGAACAGUUUGCUUUGUUGGAACCAAACAAAAAUGGUACAAUAAGCAUAGAAAAUAUUAAAGCGGCUUUGAUGAGAAAUGCAACUGAUGCUAUGAAGGAGUCUCGGAUCCCUGAUUUUUUAGCAUCGCUUAAUGCAUUGCAAUUCAGAAGGAUGGACUUCGAGGAGUUCUGUGCAGCUACACUAAGUGUCCAUCAACUUGAGGCUCUUGAUCGUUGGGAACAACAUGCUCGAUGUGCCUAUGAACUAUUUGAAAGCGGCGGAAGCAGACCUAUUGUCAUUGAGGAACUUGCUUCGGAACUUGGCCUAGGCCCUUCAGUCCCUGUUCAUGCAGUUCUUCAAGAUUGGAUUAGGCACAGCGAUGGAAAACUGAGCUUCCUUGGGUUUGUGAAGUUGUUACACGGGAUAUCUAGCAGGACCAUUGCAAAAGCUCAAUGAAAAUUUUGGUGGGGAAGGAUUUAUGGAAGUAAUCGUUGUGCAGUUAUACCCUACACGAUUCAUUCAGGGGCUUUUCCAUUUUUUUUUUUUUUUUCCCCUCUUUGUUUUCUUUUUUUUCUUUCAAUCUUUAGUACCCAGGCUUUGGGUACUUUUGGGACUUGGGAGUUGCAAAGUUGUGCUCCAGGUAAUUGAAGCUCAGCGCAGCGCUCAGGCCUUGGUGGUUUUCUACUGUAAAGUUGUAGUUUUAGUGUGUUUAGUGUCAGGUUUAGAGUAGCCCCGUCCCCACCCCACAACACCCCACCCACCUGGUUUAUUAGGUUAUCACAUUCGACGAUUCUGACGUAAGCGACUCGUUACACGUGUCAACAGUUGUUUAAUCAAUUUCUUCUCCCCCUUCCCCAUCUCUGUUAUUAUAUUUAUUUUUUGAAUUUUUGGUUUUUUUUCCGUCUA